AUGUCCGAACGCACCGUUAUCGCCCUCAACGAGGGCUGGGUUUUCAAGCAGGCAGACGAUGAACAGGCCCAGUUUUUAUCCGUUUCCCAGUUCCCAACAAACGUCCAUCUGGACCUGAUGCACCAUGGGCUUAUCCCCGACCCCUUCAUUGGCAAGAAUGAGCUUGCUGUACAGUGGGUUGGAGAGAAGCCCUGGUUAUACAAAGCUUCCUUCGAUAAUCCGCCGCUUAGAGACGGGGAGAAGGCAGUUUUGGCCUUCGACGGUCUUGAUACGCAUGCCACUGUACUUCUAAAUGAUACGAAGAUCCUCGAAACGGAAAAUAUGUUCAUACCUGAGCGGGUAGAUGUUACUGAGCUGCUUCGAGAAUCGAAGGGUUCAAAUGUGUUAAGCAUCACGUUUGCGAGCACAUUUCUACUCGGAAAGAAGAUCAAAGAGCUGUACCCAGAGCAUCGCUGGGGUUGCUGGAAUGGAGACUGUAGCCGUCUUGCAGUGAGAAAGGCGCAGUAUCACUAUGGCUGGGACUGGGGCCCGACUCUCAUGACUUGCGGACCAUGGCGUCCUGUCAAUCUGGAAAUUUACAAGGCCAGAAUUUCAGACCUCCAUUUCCGGCAGAAUGUGAACAAAUCCCUGAAACACGCGAAAUUGGUUGUCACUGCAGAGGUAGAAGGCGACGCAGAUAAUGUGGCAUUCCACAUUUCCUUGGGUGACGAAGAGAAAGGUUCAGAGACAGUCGAUAUCAAGGAUGGUAUCGCGUCAGUGACCUUCCACGUUCAAGAUCCUCAACUGUGGUACCCGUCAAAAUAUGGUAAACAGCCUCUCUACACGCUGUCUGCAACGCUAUCAUCCAAUAGAGUCAAGCUGGAUUCUACUAGCAAACGUGUUGGUUUAAGGAGAGCCGAGCUUAUCCAAAGAAAGAUGGAUGGUGCGGAAGGCACUUCCUUUUUCUUCGAAGUGAAUAAUAUUCCGGUUUUCUGUGGCGGGAGCAACUGGAUUCCCGCGGACAACUUCAUACCCCGAAUUCCACCCCAGAAGUACUAUGACUGGGUCAAACUGAUGGUUGCCGGUAACCAAAUGAUGGUCAGAGUCUGGGGAGGCGGUUUAUUCGAGGAACAAGCAUUUUACGACGCCUGCGACGAGCUGGGUGUAUUGGUUUGGCAGGAUUUUCUUUUCGCCUGUGGAAAUUAUCCAGUGUUCCCAAGCUUUCUUGAGAAUGUGAAGCGCGAGGCGAUUGCAAAUGUCAAGGUCCUUAGACAUCAUCCUUCAAUAGUGCUAUGGGCCGGAAACAAUGAAGACUACCAGUUCGCAGAGAGCGAGAACUUGAAUUGGGACCCCAGCAACAAUGAUCCUGACAGCUGGCUAAAGUCUGAGUUCCCAGCACGAUAUAUUUACGAAAAGGUCUUGGUUGACGUGACGAAGGAUUUGAUACCAGAUACGUACUAUCAUUUCGGCUCGCCCUGGGGUGGGAAAACUUCAGCCGAUCCCACCAUCGGCGAUAUCCACCAGUGGAAUGUUUGGCACGGCACGCAAGAGAAGUAUCAAGACUUUGAUAAACUCGGCGGCCGAUUCGUGUCUGAAUUUGGCUUGCAAGGCUUCCCCGACAUAAGGACAAUUGAUGGAUACCUAACAGGCGGUAAAGUGGACCCGGAGAGACACGCGCAAUCAUCCACCGUCGAUUUCCACAACAAAGCCGCAGGCCACGAGCGCCGCAUUGCCAUCUACCUGGCCGAAAACAUCAGAUACAACCUCGAGCCCCUGGAACAGUACAUCUACGCUACGCAGCUCAUCCAAGCAGAAUGCCUUUCCAGUGCCUACCGGCUCUGGAAACGUCAGUGGAAAGGGCCAGGCCGUGAAUAUUGCGCUGGCAUUUUGGUCUGGCAAAUGAACGACUGCUGGCCUGUCACAUCCUGGGCCCUUGUCGAUUACCAUCUCCGUCCCAAGCAUGCGUUCUACGCAGUAAAGCGCGAACUGGCCCCCAUCACAAUCGGCCUAAAACGGACCUCCCACACUGAAUACGCGGACAAGUACACGAACGCCUACUACAAGACAACGCACAAAGUCGAGAUAUGGGCAUCAAACCUCACGGUUAACCCGAGAAAUGUGAGUGUGAUACUUAAGGCUUGGGACGUCAUCACGGGCCGCGAGAUUUACUCCAAAACACUUCACGACCGUUUCGUUCUAGAAGAGAAUAGGAGUAUGGAGAUCGCUGAGUUGGAAGUACCUACCACGGAUGAAGAGGGGAAAAAAACCAAGGACGGAGAAGAGGCUAACCGUACGGUUGUCGCGGCAUAUCUCCUUGAAAACGGCGAGCAAGUGGCGCGCUAUGUCAAUUGGCCUGAACCGCUGAGAUAUGUCCACCUGCAGGCUCCCAAGGAAUUGCGAGUGGCGCUUUCAGUGGAUGGGAAACACGUGGAGUUGUCAGCGGAGGUGCCGGUGAAGGGUGUGGCGGUAUAUGCGGAUGGAGAUGAGGUGGUGUUUGAUGACAACUGUGUAGAUCUGGUCCCUGGGGAGACUGUUUAUAUUGGAGUGAAGGGACUGGAUAAGGGUCAUGGGGAUAGGAUUUCUGUGAAGUAUCUAGGAUCGUCGUGA